AUGGCAAGAAAUUAUAAAACAGAAAUGACUCUUGAGGAACACAAACGAAAAAUUUUUAUUCAGAGUAUAAGUCCUGAAACGACAAAACGAUCAUUACAGGAUUAUUUUUCUUCAUAUCCAAUUGAUUGGUGUGCAGUUCCGCGUGAUGAAACAGGUAAAAAUAAAAUGCAUGGUAUAGUCGUGUUUUUUACAAAAGAAAGUGUUGAUGCUGUAAUGGAAAAACGUGUCCAUCGAAUCGAUGGCAAAGAAGUUUUCAUUCAUCGAUCAGUUCCGUCGCAAACAUCAGGGAAGGACAGUCUUGGAAUUCAACAGUUGAUUGUAUCAAGUUUAAACAAUCAAUCAUUAGUCGAAUCAGAGCUUAAACAAUACUUUGCUCCAUAUGGAACAAUUGAUGAAAUGAAAAUGGAUGGGAAAAAAUGGAUUAUUACGUUUGAUGAUUAUGAUUCAGUCGACAAAAUCCUGUUAGAUUCUCCACACCAAAUUAAAUCAAUUGAUGUUAGUGUUGAGAAAAAUAAUCGAGAUAUGCAACAUAGACAGUCGUUUGCUCCAGAACCGACGUUCAAUACUCAAAAUAACAAUAAUACUGGCGUAGUACCGCAAAAAUCGAAUCUGAAACAAGUGACGAUGAACGAACGAGUCGCAUGUCUUAAUUUGCCUGAAAAACGGUAUCGUAUUCGUAUUACGAAUUUACCAAACAAUAUAGAUGCUGAAACUUUAUCCGAAGCAUUGGACUGGGAUAUUUGUGAUAUUGUGAUGAUUCCAUCCGUCGGUGAUCGAACUUCAUCAGCGCAAUGUUGGCUGAAAAAUCCCAAUAAUAAAGGAGAAGUGGACCAUUUCAUUCAACGUUGGAACGGAAAACCUUUUAAGGGAUUUACUAUUGAAUGCAAUAAAGAAGAAGAUGAAUUAGAAUUAUGUAAUAAAUUUCAAUUUGGUCAGUGCCAAAAAACUAGUACCAACUGUGAUUGGGAGCAUAUAAUUUGUACGGCAAAUGGUGCUUGUGCAUCGACUUGUCCUUAUGGCCAUUCAUCCGGCAUGAAGUCACAAGAUACUUCUCGGAGUGCUAUAGAGGAAAAUCUCUUCUUCUUUUCAUUGGAUAUACCAACGACGAACACUAACUAUCGAGUAAAACUCAGUGGUUUUAGAACACAAGUAACACCCAAAAAUCUUGCUCAACGAUUUGGUUCUCAUAAUUAUUAUGUCGAUUCUAACCAUGAUCGCGUUGGAUACAUAGUCAAAAUCCAGACUAUGAAGUAUGCCAGACAAUUGAUGGCCAAAUGGCAUAAUAAAAAUAUAGAUGAUCAAAACAUUACCUGUCAAUUGGAGCUUAACCCAAUAUCGUCUGCUCAUCGUAACAUCUGUCGCUCCGAGGCAGGUUCAAUUAAUGAAGAACGAAAACGAAACCGUUCUCGUAGUCGCCCACGCGAUGCUCAAAGUGUUUAUAGCAUCCAAGAUACAUCUGAUCUUGGAGAUCCAGAUAAUACCAAUUCAAUGAUGAUUGACAAUCGAGAAUUCGAUAGAGAUAUUCGUAUUAGUGCCAAAGCUAUCAGAGAUGUUACAUCAAACAUUGAAAUGAAAUAUAAAUUACGUAGUGAUAUAGCAACAGAUAAAUUACCUAGCGAUGUACCAACAGAUAAAUGGGAAGUAACAAAAAAAGCACCGAACAGUGAUGAAAAGGUAUUAUUAAUACGUAGUAAAGCGGAUCGAAAAGAGCUCGCCGUGAUUAAGACUUAUCCAAAGGAAUUUCUAAAUAAUUUUCAACAUGAAAUAACAAUUAUGAAAGAUUUGAAAGAUGUCAAAGGUGUAUGUCAAUUGAUUGAACCAGAAAAUUUAUCGAACAAUCUCGUUCAACGAUGUAUUAAUAGUGAUAGUUUAUGGAUGGUUAUGAAACGAGCUCCUGGUUGUUCAUUGAAAGAAUUCAUUGAACAAACAUGUCAAGGUCCUCUUGAUAUUUUAUCAGCGAUUCAACUAACUCUAAAUCUAAUGCAAAUUAUACAACAGGUGCAUAAAAAAGGAUUAUUUCAUUUGAAUUUAUCGCCAGAAAAUAUUAUGAUCGAACAGAAUUUAAGAGUUUCAUAUAAUCGAGCUCAACUAACUAUAUUGAAUUUCAAUCAAGCUACGAUAGUGUCAGACAGAACAUAUAUACCGGUUACAACAUCAGCACAGAAAUGGUAUCAUGCACGACAAAUAGAUGAUAAAGGAUUGAGUUCAACUAUCGAUCCAUCUACAAUCUGUGCGAUUCUUUUCUGGUUACUGACACGAAUCGGUCCUCAACACAGUACUGAUGCACUUCCCCAUCAACAAGCACGUGAACAAUUUGAUGACAUGAUCAAAAGUACCGUCAAGUUCGUAGACAUGAGUCAACAAAUCGCACUGAAAGAACAAUUAAAAAUGUAUUUAAUGGAUACAUUUGAUCGUGCUUUCGGCUAUCCAUACCAUCAUCCAUGGACGAUCAACGAUCUUGAAUGUCGAUUAAAGUCAAUUCUUCAAUUACUGACACCAAUCGAACCUAAGCUAGAUACCACUGACGGUAUUUUUCAAGAAUUGAUAUCGAUCUCGGAUGUUGUAUCAAUCCCACCUAUUGCAACCGGUAGUAUUCAACGUGAUGCCUUUGCAAAAGCAUCAGGAGCAUUCUAUCAGGCAAAGAAACAUUUCUUGGACAAUAGACAAAAUCAAUAUGAAUGGUCUGAUGGACAUUGCAUAUGGGUUCAUAAUCCACAUAGUUCAAUCAAUGAACGUGAUAAUGAUGAUGUGCUUACGUAUCAUUUAACUCGGGGAAGAACGACCACAUCUUAUUCUGUGAUUAUCACGUGUUUAGCAAGUUGUAGCGAAGAAGGAAGUGUAAUGACAUUGUCUAUUGGUAGCGAUGUCAAUGGAAAAACGAUUCGAAUGCCUAUUGGCCAAUAUUCCACAGCUCAAGAUUAUAUAGCAGAUGUACAGGAAAAGUUUAAGGCAGAAUUAAGGAAUCUACUCUUAGCCAUUUAUAAUGAACGAAAAACAAGUAACGUUCAUCUUUUGAUUAGCUGA